AUCCUAACAACAGCCUUUUCCUUAGCGACCUUUUUCACAACAAUAGCUUUAUGACGACAGUGACGUCAGGAAGUAACGAUAGCCACGUUUAAUGUAUCAAAAUGCGUAACUUUUAUUAACUUAUUUUAACCAGUAUUGGUGUUUUUUACUCUUAAUUGAAGAUAUAUUGUUAAAUAAUAGGAAAAUGUUCAGCCACAUGUCAAGCCCCCAAUAUUCUCCACGUUAUACCUCCACCGGUAUGAGAAGGUCGCUUUGGGAUGAGGUUUGUACCGAAUAUGAAGCAAGUCUGCCCACUCCUCCCAGUGUUAACUUGACCAGUUCAGAGUCCUCUGUCCAAGCUGCCAAGGUGGAUGAAGAGGAGGAUGAGCUUCUGACAGACCUUGACCCCCUGCUGCACUACCCUGCACACCCUGGAUUCUCUGUGUUUGGAGCACAUUCUUCUUCAAAGCACAGAAGGCAGACAACAACAACUUUCUGUCCACAGCAGUUCCCACAUCCUGUCACAAAGUUCAUGGAAGACAAAGUGUUCCCGGUGCUGGCGCCUGCAAUUGAGGCUUUGCUGAAAGAAGCUGAGAAACAAGGUUGUUUUGAGAAGAAGGUCAUAACAUUUUAUCCCUUUGAUUACCUGGUGGAGUGGCUCUACAAUCAUAACCCCCGCAGACGAGCGUAUCCCUUUGUAAAAUUCCAUGACAUCCCAUUCGUCAAAUCGUGGCUCAUCUUACAUCCGAGGCCUCCUGUGCCCCUCUACCUGCAGCUGAGUGAUGACGAAGCUGCUGUGAUCAUCCAGGCUUUCUGGAGAGGAUAUAAGGUCAGAGCAGAGCCUUAUGUGCAGGAGCUGCGGCAGUGGCAAACGAACCUGAGGGAAACUCGCGACAUUCCCAACUCUGUCAAGGAAUUCUGGGCCCGGGUUGAGAAGCGAGUGGGUUCGGUCAUGUCGGACGAUUCUGAAAGCGCUCAAACUUCGGAAAACUCAGAAAAUUCCGACGUGUGCGUCCAAGUGGUUUCUCCCACCCCACAGAGCACGGCCAAAGACCGAAUGACCCCGGACGGCAUUGAGCGUCUGAAGCCCGGUCUUUAUACCGUGGAUGAGAUGAUCAACAUGGCGUCACCGUCCAGGUCACAUGCACCAUCUUAACUAGUACGAAACAGCAGAGUGCUCCUGUCAUCUGGAGAAUCUUUUGACUAUCGUUUUGCAAUCGGUCCUUCAAAACAUUAGAGUUCUCUUGUCAUAUAGAAGAUUCUGCCAUCAUAGUCACUGCUGUUGCAUGUGUGCUUGGGCAAAAAACUCCACCCACCUGGCCUUCAGUCCAACUCACAAUAUAUGGAUUAUUUUUAGCAGGACUCCCUUAAAAAGAGAUUCUUAAUCUCAAUGAGACUUUCCUGCAUAAAGAGGAUCUUUGUCGAGUGGACCUAAAAAAAAAAAAAAAAAAAAAAGCAGAGGACUACAAGCAUUUAGAUGAUCUUUGUUUAUUUUUGUUUUUCUUUGCGUAAAUGCGUUAAAAACAUCAGCGUGCUCCUGUAACAUUAGGGUUUUUUUGAUGAGUCUUUGUUUUUUUGCGGUAAAUUCUCAAAAACAGCAGAGCUGUCACAUGUAGAAUCUUAGACUUGUGUUUUUUGCAAUUUGUCCUCAAAUAAAGCAGAGCGCUCUUGCCAUAAA